GAAAAUGAAGGAAGCAAAAAGAUUCUGGAUAGAAAAACUGUGAGCCCAACCCAAAAACAAACGUCGUUCGCAAAAACGAAAGAUGCUUCUGUAUGUCUCAACGUCCGCCAACUGUUCGAUGAUAUGUCCCAAAGAAAAGCAGAGCACACCACUGCCGAAAUUACCCCAUAUUUCCCUGCCCGCCGCCCAUUCCCAUUCACUCGCUGCUGCAGUCGUCUCCGCCGCCGCCGCCGCCGCAUUGCUGCUGUCCGCCGCCGCAGCCGAGGUGCCGGACGAGACGCUGUCCAACAUACCGCAGACGCUGUCGAGUGUCUGCCCACCUGGGGACAAAGGCUGCCGGAAAAGCUACAGAAUACAGAGGCCUAAGUCGAGGAAGGCGGAGGCUUGCACUAGUAAGUGCGUCGGCACUUGUAUUCAGGGCGGCUUUGGCUCUCCCGGCGAGGGCCCUUUCAAUAUUAGGAGACCUCUAGUGGUUUUCAAGGACACCUUUCGCAGUCGCAAGUAUUGCUUGUCGGAGUGCUCUGAUAUCUGUAACUUGAUCGGAGAUGGCGAUGAUGGACAGUAGUUCUUCAGCUUCAUUCAUUAUUUGUUUGUUAACUAAAACAUUUUUAAGCACUUUUAUAUGUAGAAUGAGAUAAACAUAUUUGGCAAAUGGCAAUGUGUACAUUCGAGGCUAGGGUUGUAAAAGAAUCGAAUCGAAUAUUACAAUUUCGUAUU